AAUGUUAUAUAAAAAAAAAAUGUUAUUCAGUGUCUUUGAUGGUACUUCAGACAGAGGUCAACUGGUAAAUUAGUACCUGUUCUGUUCUUCUUCUGUGGAUUUUAUAUGGCGGUUGGCAGCCAACGUUAAGGUGCAUUACAGCCACAACUUUCAACAAAUUAGCGUUGUGCGUCUCAGCCUUGUGACAACUCUUUCCCUCCUUCUCUCUCGGCCUGAGGACCUCCCUGCCCCCACUUUUCCUGGAUCUUAUACAGGAUGUUCUGAAGGUGAUGCGUAACAUAGAUGACCGUAUCGUCCAUUCUCUCAACACCACCGUGCCGACGGUCUCCUUCUCAGGCAGAGUGGACGCCUCCCAGACAUGCAGACAGCUCUAUGAGUCUCUGAUGGAGGCCCACCUGAGCAGAGACCGAGCCAUUAAGACGUGUAUAGCCCAGACCUCUGAGGUGGUGGGCCAGCUGAGAGAGCAGAGGGCCAAGGACGGAGACAACAUGACAACUGUCAAACUACUCAGGAAGGAACAGACCAAGUUAAAACUCAUGCGGUCGGAGCUGAAUGUUGAAGAGGUUGUUAAUGACAGAAGUCUGAAGGUGUUCAGUGAACGGUGCCGGACCCACUACACGCCUCCUACGGUCAAGUGACUGUCUGAGCUGCUCUGGUGAGAAUAGCUGCAGAUCCAGGUGGCUGCAUCAGGACCAGAACCAGACCGAGCCAUUGAGUCAUCUGUGGACUUGACCUGAGGGACCCCUGGCCUCCAGCCGACUGUUAUCACCCAUGGGGACCGCUGCGUUGCCUCACAAGGCCACCUCCAUCAAGCAAUCUGCUCUGUUUAUUUUCAUGAUUGUAGUUUUUUUUGAAUUUUUUUAUACAAUGAAGUGUUUUCCAAUGGC